AUGGCGAUCACGAGUCUCAGUUCCAGCUCGACCGUGCGACGACAUGCCUCGACUUGGACCUUCUCGGCCAGCGCGCGCCGCCUGUCGACGACUCGAGUCAACGCCGCCGCCGGCCCGCUGAAUCGCCACAGCAAGCUCAUCACAUCGGACAAGACCCAGGGCGCAUCGCAGGUAGGUAUCAGUGAUCCCAUCGCGAAAGAUGCUGCCCCUCAAGACCGAUGCAUCUCGUUCAAUGUGAUCGACUGUGCUGGUCGACCUUCGCACUCGCAAGCUGAUCUAACCUAAGUCCGUCUCUUUUAUGCUCGAUACUCGUUGCUCCAUAGGCUAUGCUCUACGCCACCGAUGGUAUUGACUCUGAAAGUGAUCUCGCGAAGCCCAUGGUCGGUGUUGCGAACGUCUGGUAAGCUGCAUAAACUCACAUUCCCACUCGAUCUCGCAACAGACACAGCUGGCUAACUCGGUCUUCCCCUUGCUCCUCCUCAGGUACGAGGGCAACCCGUGAGACGAAACGUACAAGAUCCUCAAACCAUCGAUCCGUGUACUAAAUCAGCUGAGCCGGCUCACAGAUGCAACAAACACGUGCUCAGCCUCGGCGCCAGGAUCAAGGCUUCGCUCCAAAAGUCCGAUAUCACCGCGUACCAGUUCGGCACCGUCGGUGUCUCCGAUGGUAUCUCUAUGGGCACCUUUGGUAUGAGCUACUCGCUCCAGUCUCGAGAUCUCAUCGCUGAUCAAGUCGAGACGGCUGCGGGAGGUCACUGGCUCGACGGUAUGGUUACCAUCCCGGCCUGCGACAAGAAUAUGUUCGUGUUUUACCGAGUCGAGCUCCUGCAGGAGGGUCUGUACGCCGAUACGAGCUCACACGGGCCUUUCAUUUCACCACAGGCCUGGUGUUCUGAUGGCUCUUGGUCGUUUGAACCGACCGGGAAUUAUGGGUGAGCUGUUUCGGGCGUGACACCCACUGACUUAAAUCCGGUGAGCUGACGACUUCGGCCCUUUGAUCAGUCUACGGCGGUACGAUGCAACCCGGUUCGUGCGCGGACCAGCCCGUGUUGGACGUUGUGUCGGCUUUCCAAUCGUACGGCAAAUACUUGGAGAUGGGUUCGACACCCGAGGCAGAGAAGAUCCGUUACGACACCGUCCGCAACUCGUGCCGCAAGGAAGGUGGCAGUUGUGGCGGCAUGUACACCGCCAAGUGAGCCCGCGGCCAGGCGGUCUUCCAUCCUAAAACACAGAUACUGAUGUAGCUCGUCACCGUCUUUGUGUAGCACGAUGGCGAGUGCCGCAGAGGCCAUGGGUAUGACUUUGCCCGGAUCGAGUUCGACACCGGCGGCCUACAAGGAGAAGCUCGAAGAGUGCGAUGCCGUUGGCCCUGCGAUGUACAAUAUGCUCAAGUACGACAUCAAGCCCCGGGACAUCAUGACUCGAGCCGCUUUUGAGAACGCCAUGGUAUGUCCGCAGGCCUUCAUUCGAGGAAUGAGCAUAGCGUGACUGACACCCCUUCCCACCGUCUGUCGCGCAGGUGUUGACCAUGAUCCUCGGUGGCUCGACGAACGCUGUCCUGCAUUUGAUCGCCAUCGCUCACUCGGUUGGCAUCAAACUGACGAUCGAUGACAUCCAAUCCGUCUCGGACCGGAUACCUUUCGUUGGCAACCUCAAGCCCAGUGGAAAAUAUGUGAUGGAGGACGUGCACAAGAUUGGAGGAAUCCCGAGUGCGUUCUUGACUGUGUACUUCCAUGAUCCCAUCCAGUGAUUUCUCCACCUAAAGUCAUUGUUUCACAUUUGUCGCAGCUGUCCUCAAAUAUUUGCUCGAAAACAAGCUCAUCGACGGCUCGAUCAUGACCGUAACAGGCAAGACGCUCGCGGAGAACCUCGAGCACGCCCAACCUUUGCCCCACGGCCAAGACGUCAUCUACCCCUUGGAGAAACCCAUCAAGUCGACGGGUCACAUCCGAAUCCUCCGGGGCAACAUCGCCCCCGGUGGUUGCGUUUCCAAGAUUACGGGCAAGGAGGGCCUCGAGUUCACGGGCAAGGCACGCUGCUUCGACAAUGAAGAUGCGGUCGCCAAGGCCAUUUCGAAUAAGGAGCUCAAGGUUGGAGAAAAGACGGUGAUCGUGUUGCGAUACCUCGGACCCAAGGGUGGACCGGGUAUGCCAGAGAUGCUCAAGACGACGAGUAUGGUCAUGGGUGCCGGUCUCGGCAUGGACGUUGCUUGCGUUACGGACGGUCGUUUCUCCGGUGGAACGCACGGCUUCACCGUCGGUCAUGUCGUCCCCGAGGCUCAGGAAGGUGGUCCGAUUGGAUUGAUCGAGGAUGGGGAUGAGAUUUACAUCAACGCGGUCGAGAACACGAUCAACAUGAAGGUCUCGGACGAGGAGAUUGAGCGACGAAGAAAAAACUGGAAGCCCAAGGCGCCAAAGGUCAAAUCGGUGCGUCUGGUCGGAAUGCUGGCUGGCCCUGUUGUCGAUCGUAUUGCUGAUUCUUCAUACUUUGAUUAUCUUGCAGGGUACCCUUUACAAGUACAUGAAGUCAGUCUGUACUUUGGGUCUGCUUCGUUGGCGAAUUGUUCCGCAGCAGCUGAUCCACUUUCCCAUCUCACAGACUCGUAUCGGAUGCUUCGCACGGUGCCGUCACGGACGCGUAG